AUUCCAGACAAGAGUCACCUCGUUGUGUUGGUUGCGUAAAAUAACUUUCAGCCAAGAAGUCUAUCAUGGUUCCAACCACAAAUGUUUACUAAUUAAUGUCGAUUCCUGAGUCUGAGCUCUGAGUUGAGCGAUUCCAAAGGUCUGAAUAUUUCUAACUAUCAGGACUAAUUAGAAUCAGAGUUUUGUGUGGUAACUGAUAAAUCCAACAGCGUUAGUGGGAAAUCGAAAAUCCCCAAUUCGAAGCAAACUUCAGCUGGAUGUGUCAAUACGACUGAGCUGUCAACUUUUCGUGAAAUCCGAAAAUAGGGAAACAAAUAAAAUCGUUUAAAUUUUCCUAAUAAUUUUGUAAAUUUGGGGUUUUCGCGUUCAUUAUUUACUGUAUAUAGUGCCGAUUAUUUUGUUAUGUUAUAAGAAGACUGAUUUACCAUAUUUUGCGGGGAUAUAGAUAGAGAGGCGAUGUCAAAUAAGAACACCAUCAAUUCGAUGCACAACACUGGCGGCCUGAAAACAGUGAUUGACCUGGAUCAGAUAUGGGGCGACUUGAACUGCGGCAUCAGACAGGUUUACAACCGGGAAAAUAUGUCCAAGAAAAGGUAUAUGGAGCUUUAUACUCACGUUUACAACUACUGCACUUCAGUGCAUCAGCAGAACAAUGGAAGGGGCGCCUCGAACUCCACGUCCAAGAACCGACGAAAUCAAGUAGGGGGUGGCGCUCAGUUGGUGGGCAUGGAGCUGUACAAGAGGUUGAAGGACUUUUUGAAGUCCUAUCUUAUUAGAUUGUUAGAGGACGCAAUUCACAGAAUGGAUGAGGAUGUGCUGAAGUUUUACACAGUGCAAUGGGAAGACUAUCAGUUUUGUAGCAAGGUGCUCGAUGGAGUGUGCGCUUAUUUGAACCGACAUUGGGUGAAAAGAGAGUGCGAAGAAGGACGAAAGUUUGUCUACGAAAUCUAUCAGUUGGCGUUGGUCACUUGGCGAGACAAUCUCUUCAGGCAGCUGAACAAAGGGGUAACAAACGCUGUGCUCAAGCUGAUCGAAAAAGAGCGCAACGGAGAGACGAUAAAUACUCGGUUGGUGUCGGGGGUCAUCAAUUGUUACGUCGAGUUGGGUCUCAAUGAGGAGGAGCCGGGCACGAAGGGGCCGAACCUGACCGUCUAUAAAGACAGUUUCGAAAAUGUGUUUCUCGAGGACACUGAGCGGUUUUAUACGAGGGAAAGCAGCGCUUUUUUGGCCGAAAAUCCCGUGACUGAGUACAUGAAGCGGGCUGAACAGCGCCUAGUGGAAGAACAACGAAGGGUUCAGAUGUAUUUGCACGAGACUACCUCCGAACGCCUGGCGAAGACGUGCGAGCGAGUAUUGAUUCAAAAACAUCUGGAGCUGUUGCAUUCUGAGUUUAAACAGCUGCUUGAUGCAGAUAAGGAUGACGAUCUUGGACGGAUGUAUAGCCUAGUUGCUCGAAUUCCCGAUGGGCUAGGUGAACUGCGUGGGCUUUUGGAGCAACACAUUGCCUACCAAGGUUUGGCGGCGAUUGAAAAAUGCGGCGAGGCCGCAAUCAAUGAUCCGAAAAUUUACGUAAAUACCAUAUUGGACGUGCACCGGAAAUACAACGCGCUCGUGUUGAUUGCAUUUGGAAACGAUAGCGGCUUUGUGGCCGCUUUGGACAAGGCUUGCGGCCGGUUUAUCAACACUAAUGCCGUCACGAGGUCGGCCAACUCCUCUAGCAGAUCUCCUGAAUUGCUUGCCAAAUAUUGCGACUUGCUGCUGAAGAAGAGCAACAAAAACGCCGAGGAAGCAGAACUGGAAGACACGCUCAAUCAAGUGAUGGUUGUGUUCAAGUAUAUAGAAGACAAGGACGUGUUCCAAAAGUUCUACAGCAAGAUGUUAGCCAAGAGAUUAGUUCAGCAUAUGUCUGCCAGUGACGACGCCGAGGCGUCAAUGAUCUCAAAACUGAAGCAGGCCUGCGGUUUCGAGUACACUUCAAAGCUGCAACGCAUGUUCCAAGAUAUCGGCGUUUCCAAGGACCUUAACGAGCAGUUCAGGAAUCAUAUGGCAGGCUCAAAUGAGUCUCUAGGUAUAGAUUUUAGUAUUCAAGUGUUAUCGUCCGGAUCGUGGCCGUUUCAGCAGAGCUUCACUUUCGGUCUGCCCUCUGAGUUGGAACGCAGUGUUAGCAGAUUUACCAAUUUCUACGCCAGUCAACACUCCGGCCGGAAAUUGAACUGGCUCUACAACAUGUCCAAGGGCGAACUUAACACAAACUGCUUUAAAAAUAGGUAUACGCUACAAGCGAGCACGUUUCAAAUGGCUGUGCUUUUGCAGUUCAACGUGGCCGAUUCGUGGACUGUGGCCCAAUUAGAGGAAAAUACACAGAUUAAGCAAGACUUUCUUGUACAAGUGAUCCAAAUCCUACUCAAAGCCAAACUGUUGGUGUGCGAUGAGGAAGACAAUGAUAUAUCAGGAAACUCGAACGUGUCUCUAAAUCAGGGUUAUAAAAAUAAAAAACUGCGAGUAAACAUCAAUAUACCGAUGAAAACCGAGCUGAAGCUGGAGCAGGAGACCACCCACAAGCACAUAGAGGAGGACCGGAAGCUUUUGAUCCAGGCAGCGAUUGUCAGGAUUAUGAAAAUGCGAAAGGUCCACCAACAUCAGCAACUAGUAGCCGAAGUACUCAAUCAAUUGUCUUCGCGGUUUAAGCCACGCGUGCAGACUAUUAAGAAAUGCAUAGACAUACUCAUCGAAAAGGAAUAUCUGGAGCGAACGGAGGGCCAGAAGGACGAGUACAAGUACUUGGCAUGAUGGGGCUCUGUGUCUCGACACGAACUCGCCUUAAACUAAUUUAUUUUACCAUUUUUUUUUGAUAACUCUGAUGUAACGUUUUGUUUUCGAUUAAAUUCAACAGUUUUGGCGAAGGUUUACAGGGCGCCCGCUUUGCAAAUCGCUUCAAUAUGUGGAGGGUUGAGAAGGCAUUCGGAGUAAAUCGACAUUUUCCCAAAAAUUACUCAAGUGCUGGAAUCACGACCUCAUGGAAAACGGUUUCGGUAGACAAAACAUGUAAGUGGUUAUUUCAGUUUAUUUUAUAUUAUAUAAAGCUUGUACAAUGAGGUGCUGUUUACAAUACUUAAGAAUUUUUGGGAAAAUGUUGAUUUACUCCGAAUGGCCACAGUUGCGAUGACCCCUACUGGUUGAGAACUGGUAGUUUCCCUAUAAACUUUCCAUCAAGUAACAAAUUUUUACAAGUGGAUGAGCGAAUUGUGGUUUUGUGCAAAGAACAGUGAUACGUGAAUGUAUAAUUGUAAAUAUUUAGGAUUGUAUUGAAUUUAAAUAUGGAGAAAAUGCUAUUUAAUAAACGAUUACAUUAAAUCUCUGGAUGUGUCGCCUUUGGGACUAAUGCGAGAAUUCUAUCGAGCCAAAGGUGACACCGCCUAAUUGAGUGUAAUUGUUCAGUGCAGCUCCAAUGAACAUACUUAAAAAUGUAAUGUUAAGUUUUUUUUUGUUCAAAUUGUCCGAAACGUAUUGGUUGUGGCCACUGGGAGUUGUUUAAUUUUGUACUUUUUAAAGCAGGCCCCCGGGCAUAUUUUAUUGGCGAUCCUUGAACUACUUACAAUGUUUCGUUCAAUUAAAAACGCAACCAUUUGCAGUCUGUAUGUUUCGCUUUUUCCGACUUUGACAAAAGUUGCGCCUGAAAAAAAGCGCUCGCAGCAGCAGUGGUACUCGUUGAUGACCUCAUAUCUACUUGUUGACAGCUUUAGUCUUUGUUAAUGUCAUAGUAAUUGUUUGACAAUUAGCGUUAAAUAUUAGCGUUACUUUCAAUUAUUGCAA